CGAUGGCGCUAGAGUAAGCAGCAAAGAAAGAGUAUACUGACGCAUCUCACCAAUCCAUCGACAACCCAACAACUCAGCAACCGCUUAUCGGAAAUAUCAAUCGACAAUAUCCCGAUAAACCGCAAUCAUGGGAAAGGUUCACGGAUCCCUCGCUCGUGCCGGAAAGGUCAAGUCUCAAACACCAAAGGUUGAGCCACAAGAGAAGAAGAAGCGCCCUAAGGGACGUGCUGCCAAGAGAGAGAAGUUCGUUCGUCGUUUCGUCAACGUUACUUUGACCGGUGGCAAGAGAAAGAUGAACCCCAACCCAGGAGCUUAAAUAACCAAAAACUGAUGGAUGGGGAACAAGAGGGGCGUUGCUUGUUACUAUACACAAGAAUUUCACCACGAUGGGUUUACGAUUACGAUUCAGGAACUAGAGAAUAUCUACUUCAAGUUCGG